CCGGGACAGUGAAAUGACCACGAUCUACCCUGAGGAGCCCAUAUCCACUUCUGUCUCACUGUGGUGCAAAUCGUGUUUGUAUUUUCUUUAGAAACCGUAUUCCUGACAUCGCUCCUGUCAGGUUCACCCCCUCCCUGCUGGAACGUAAUUCUGAAUGUUUCAUGGCUUUGACGUGCCUGCCACAUGAUCCAGUGAGGGAGCUGGGAUUUUCUCCAUGAAUUAUAGGAUCGGCGGCGGAACAUGUAGCAUCGUUCGUAACCCACAGAGAGAGAGAGAGAGAGAGAGGACCGCGAGGCGGUCCCCCUUUGAACUGCAUAGCUCCGUCCUCCGCCUGCUCCUCGGCUUGAAGCACUCCAGCGAAGUGCGUGCGGUAGCAAUCAGUCAUCGUUCGUGUUUAUCCCAUUCCCUUACCUCCCCAUUUCUCUCUCUCCCUCCUGUCUCUCUUGGCUAACAGUUACUGCUCCAGCGCAAGAGAUAUAGAGAGAUGAAGCGAGGAUUUAUAAGGGACUUGCUCCUUCUGAUGAUCAAUGCAGUUCUCUAUGCAACAACAGCGGCUCCUCAGAAGCUGUACACCAACCACUUCUUGGUGCAGUUAGACGGCGGCGAUGGGGUCGCCCAACGGGUUGCUGCAGACUCAGGCUUCAUCGCUGUCAGGAAGCUCCCAUUUGGAGAUGGACUCUAUCACUUUACUCAUAUCGGUAUUCCAAAGGCCAGGCGAAGACGCAGUGCUCGAUACAAGCUUUAUUUGGAAAAGAACCCAAGGGUAAAAUAUGCCUCACAGCAAGAAGCAUUUAGCAGAAAGAAGCGAGGAUAUCGGAGUAUUCGUGAAAUUGGUAUCAUGAUGAAUGAUCCUUUGUUUACUAAACAAUGGUAUCUUGUCAACACAGGGCAAGCUGAUGGAACUCCUGGCUUAGACCUGAAUGUGGCUGAAGCUUGGGAGUUGGGAUAUACUGGAAAAGGAGUAACCAUCGCUAUCAUGGACGACGGCAUUGAUUACUUGCACCCUGACCUUGCGGAAAACUAUAAUGCAGAAGCCAGCUAUGAUUUCAGCAGCAAUGACCCAUACCCAUAUCCCCGCUACACAGGUGAUUGGUUUAACAGCCACGGGACAAGAUGCGCUGGUGAAGUGUCUUCUGCUGCCAAUAACAAUAUAUGUGGUGUGGGAGUGGCUUACUCAUCUCAGGUGGCAGGCAUUCGUAUGCUGGACCAGCCAUUCAUGACUGACAUCAUUGAAGCCUCUUCCAUCAGUCACAUGCCUCAGAUAAUAGACAUCUACAGCGCCAGCUGGGGGCCAACCGACGAUGGUAAAACUGUGGAUGGACCUCGUGAGUUGACUUUACAGGCUAUGGCAGAUGGUGUUAAUAAGGGUCGGAAUGGAAAGGGAAGUAUCUACGUGUGGGCUUCAGGGGAUGGGGGCAGCUACGAUGACUGCAACUGUGAUGGCUAUGCGUCGAGCAUGUGGACUAUUUCCAUCAACUCUGCUAUUAAUGAUGGCCGGACAGCGCUUUAUGAUGAAAGCUGCUCCUCGACUCUUGCCUCUACGUUCAGCAAUGGGAGGAAGAGAAACCCGGAGGCUGGUGUGGCAACAACUGAUUUGUAUGGCAACUGUACUCUCCGUCAUUCUGGGACAUCUGCUGCAGCACCAGAGGCCGCCGGUGUUUUUGCCUUGGCUUUAGAGGCAAAUCCCACCCUAACUUGGCGAGACAUGCAGCAUCUGACAGUCUUGACUUCCAAACGCAACCAACUGCAUGAUGAGGUCCACAAAUGGAGGAGGAAUGGUGUGGGCCUGGAGUUUAAUCACCUCUUUGGGUAUGGAGUGCUAGAUGCCGGAGGGAUGGUCAAAAUGGCUAAAGACUGGAAGACAGUUCCUGAGAGGUUCCACUGUGUCGGAGGAUCGGUGCAGGAGUCACAAACAAUCUCUUCGCAAGACAAGAUGGUCCUAAAAAUAUCGACUGACGCAUGUGAAGGCAAGGAUAACUUUGUCCGCUACCUUGAGCAUGUUCAGGCUGUGGUGACCAUGAAUGCCACCAGACGAGGUGACCUUAAUGCCAACAUGACUUCCCCAAUGGGCACAAAGUCCAUUCUGCUCAGCCGCAGGCCUCGGGAUGAUGACUCCAAGGUGGGCUUUGACAAAUGGCCCUUCAUGACAACACACACCUGGGGUGAGGAUCCCAGGGGCACUUGGAUCCUGGAGGUUGGCUUCGUUGGCGGCACCGAGCAGAAAGGAGUGCUCAAGGAAUGGACAUUGAUGCUCCAUGGGACGCAGAGUGCUCCUUACAUAGACCAAAGAGUGAGUGAUUACCAGUCCAAAUUGGCCAUGUCAAAGAAGGAAGAGCUGGAGGAAGAACUGGACGAAGCAGUGGAAAGAAGCCUGAAAAACCUGCUAACGAGAAACUAGUUUAGUAAAUGCUGCAUGUCAGUUUUUCAUCCCCAAGUCCCACGUUGUAGCUGCUUUGUGAUUUAACACUCCCUGAAAUGAAUGUUUCCUGUCACAAAAUUAUCACACCUUGCCAUGAUCUUAAAUUCAUCUGUCAUACAUUGUCAGUUAAUAAUUAAAUUUAAAUGACAAUUUUUUUACACCGAUAACUGUUAAUUCCACAAAUUUUAUGUACAGUUGGUGACUGUAAGGAUCGCUGGUGUGUGAAACUUAAAAGUGAAAUCUUGCAAGCAAAGCAGUGAUGGAUUCUCUUUAUAUUUUUGUGAUAAAUGUUUAUAUAAAAAACGCACAUUUCCAACUUUGCAGCUAUAGCUUUCAGUAUAUUUCCUCUAAAUGAGCUUAACUAAGCUGAAAGCAGGCUCUUAUUAGCUGGGUAGACUUUACACUGUGUCACUGAAGGUGGGCACCAUUGAAUCAUACACACCCACCUCUUCUGGUAAUCGAUAGGCAGAAUAGUUUAUUUCUCUGCAUUGGGAUAUUACAAAAUAAAACAGACGGUGCAUUAGUAGAAUAUUGUUUUGUGAACAAUUACUGCCCAUUUUGUAACUGUGAACACUUCCGUUUUAUUGCAUUGUACAAUAUUAAAAAAAAAUCUAAACCCAAAGCUGAAAUCUUGAAAGUGAAGGUUUAGUUUGCCAAUUGUUUAUAUCCCAGAACAUCCAUAGCAAGUAUUAAUGCAGUGAUUCUGAACACUUGUACGCUCUCUGUCUGCAGUAUUUCACAUGGAAUAUGUACUGUACUAUGCUCACUGCAUAAGCUCUAGCAAGAUGUUUUGUGGUAAGAUUAACAAUGUUUAAACAGUGCAGU